AUUGCAGCUUCGAUUCUACUUCUUGAACAAAGACUGCCCAAGUACUUCAAAUUUCGAUCUGGACUGUCGGGAAGGUCACUGGGAUUUGAUGAUGAUGCAUGGUAUCUUGGCAUUGAGGAACUCAUGAAUGAGAAAAGGAGAAGGAAAGGUCCAGUGAAUGCAGACGUGAUGCUGAAGGCUAACAUUGGCUGGGAAAUUCUGAGACGUAAUCUAACGAAGAUCAUCAACAUGAAAGAAGACGAAUUCACUUACUUUUAAAGGCUUCUGCCAAUAACUGAAACUGAAAAAAAAAAUAUAUAUAUAUAUAUAUUUUUUUUUU